CUUGUUUAAAUCCAGUACUGACUGCCAGAACCUGCUUUGAGAGCACCCUUUGUCCCAGACAUAAUAUCAUGAAACUUUAGAUCCUACUCUGACCCUUAAUUACCAUCUAUUAUCACCCUCCCAGCACAAACGGUGACAACUCGAUUUGAAGAAGAGACCAAAAACACACCAAAAAUGUCGCCCCGACCCAUCCACCGCAUCACCCUAUUCAAGAUCCCCUCUGAAGAGGACCAGGCCCGCCUCAUCGACAUUUACCGCACGUUGCCGGCCCGCGCCCUCAAGGACGGCAAGCCGUACAUCCUAUCGGCGACAGUGGGGCCAUCAUACGACGAUGUGCGCAACCAGGGCUAUACGCUAGCAGCCCUCUCUGUGUUUCACUCGGUCGAGGACAUGAAGUACUACGACGAUGAGUGUGCGGCACACGCGGAGCUGAAGAAGGUCGCUAAGACGCUGCAUCACGGGGCUAUGAUGGUGUAUUUUCAGAAUGCGCUUUAAUAUGCAAGCGGUAGCCAACUGGGAGAGCUGGUAGAGGAGAAUAGAUCGUGGGUUGGGGUUUGUGUUCUUCCUGGGGACUCCACUAGGUUGUCAUGGUUUUCUCCUCAAUGACACCAAAUUUACAUGUACC